AACAGUGGCAACAUUACAGAUUUCGAAUUUCAAAUUCGUUAAACGCUUCUCUGUCUAAUGUAUUCAGCGGUGUGAUUCUUUGAGUUGUUGUUGUUUCCCUGAUUUCUUUGUUUGCAAGGUUCCCGAAAGUGAAACUGCAGUAUCUAUUGGAAAGUGUCUUUAUUUUUCUUUAUAAAUACAAAGUGCCUACUGGAUAAGUGUUAAAAUUUUGUUGGAUGAUUUUUGAUAACCUUUACAAUGCCAAAAGACUCAAAAGAGAUUUACUAUUCGGAUAAGUAUUACGACGAGGAACAUGAGUACAGGCAUGUGGUGUUACCAAAAGAAAUGGUGAAACUAGUUCCCAAGGAUCAUUUAAUGUCAGAACAAGAAUGGCGAGGCAUUGGAGUGCAGCAAAGUGAAGGAUGGGUUCACUAUAUGAUGCACGAACCCGAACCUCAUGUUUUGCUGUUCCGCCGAAAAAAGACCACCCCUCCAGAGAAGAAGUGACAGUAUUUAUGGUAACUCAUAGUUAUCAAUUGCCCAUAGCAGCUAGUGUCUAACAGUGAAUAGUGAUUUUUUUUUGUUUUGUUUCCUCUACUGUUAUGGGCCAAUAUCUUGAUCUUCAUUCCACAUAUUAUUAAGUGUUUCAUAUUAAUUAGUGUAUAAGAAUCAUUAAACCAACCACAAGUGCUAUUCUACCUAUUAUGUGAUAGAUGUAACAGUUGUGAUAGCCUAGAUCAGUGGUCGGCAACAUUUAAGCAGUCAAGGGCUACAUAGUAGUUAACAAAGUUGAAGCGGGCCACACUUUAUUAAUAGUUGUGACUUUAUCAGACAUUGUCGUUUGUCAAUAUUACCUACAUACAAAAUAGCAAGGGAGGCUCGCAGACCGCCUGUUGCCGACCAUGGAAUUAUCUUAUACUAAAAUAUCUUUAUUUAAUUGUAAGAGUCAAUACAUAAUGAAUAAAAAAUUGUUACAAUUACCAAAAAAA